AUGACCAGAGGGUUCGCAACCAUCACGCCUGAAUGUGAAGUCGCCUUUGAUGAGGUCAAAGAGACUGACAACCUUAACUUCGUCAUUUAUGAGGCCUCCGCACACAAUAAGAAUAUCACCGUUGCCGAACGUGGUAAAUACCAGGACUACGCCGAGUUCAUCGCUCGCUUCAAAGACGACACUCCCAGAUAUGCCGUUGUUGAUUUCAACUAUGACUUUCCGACCGGCGAGAGUGCUGAGAAGCAGCAGAGACACAAAUUAGUUUUCAUCACAUGGGUUCCAGCGGCAGCAAGCAUGCAUGAAAGAUCCUACUACACAUCAAACAAAGAUCAUCUUUACUGCGCGCUCCUCGACAUCAGUCUCCAUGUGCAAGCUACCUCCCAAGUGGAUCUGGCCCACGCUACUAUCCUGAGCAAGUUCAAGACACUCUAG